AUGCGCGCAUGCAGGCGCUCGCUUCCCCCAUCACUGCUCCCGCACAACAGCCCAUCCCUCAGCGACCGCAUUUCUCCUCUCCAGCCUUUGAUGCCGGAUGCUCCCAUGUCGAUUGUCGUCGUCAAGCUCGGCGGGGCGGCCAUCACCGACAAGUCCGACCCCGACACGCUCUCGCCCAGCAUCGACGCGCUGAUGGACGGCAUCGCGCACGCCUACCACCAAGUGCUGCGUCCCAGCGGCCGGCGUCUGGUCCUCGUCCACGGCGCGGGCAGUUUCGGGCACCCGCCCGCGAAAAAGUACCAGGUCAAGGGGGGCUGGACCGCCGCCGCCGCCGGCGACGAGGCGGCCGGCGACCGCGUCAAGUUUGGCAUGGCGCUCACGCGCCAGCGCGUGCUUGAGCUUCACCUCGCCGUGCUGCAGCGGCUGCACGCGCCGGACCGCGGCAUGCCCGUGCUGUCCGUGUCCACGUACGACACGGUGGAAACGGACGGGGGGCUCGUGGGGGAGGCGUCGGGGGCGCGGCUGGUGGGGCGCGUGCGGCAGGUGCUGGACGCGGGCUUCGUGCCGCUGCUGUUUGGCGACGCCGUGCUGGACCGCUCGCUGGGGUCGACGAUCCUGUCGGGCGACGCGCUCGUGUACCAUCUCGCGGCGCGCAUGCCCGCCGUGCGGCGCUGCGUCUUCGUCACCGACGUGGCCGGCAUCUUCACGCAGGACCCGAAGCGGUGUCCGGAUGCCGUGCUGAUCAGGACCAUGGGCUGCCGCGAGGCCGACGGCGGCGGCGGCGGCGCACUCGACGCCGACGACGCGGCGAGCGUGGAUGACGUGACGGGGUCGAUGCGGAGCAAGUGGCAGUGGGCGAAGCGCAUCGUGACGGAUGCGGUGCAGGUGCGGGAGGUGGCUAUUUGCCAGGGGUCGGAUUCGGCGAGGGCCAUUGGUUAUGAACAGGGUGAUGAAAGCGAUGCUGCUGGCGACUGGACAGUCAUUGUUCGAUGA